AUGAGGAGGAGUUGUACUUUGUUUCUUUCACCGUUGCACUUAGAAACAAUCAGUCCACUUGUUGCUACUGUACCUUAUGUUUUUCUCGUCGUCGAUUGGAGGUUAUUUGCCUUAUCAGCAGUAGAAAAAGAAGAAAACGAUGAUCAAUUGAGUCAUUCAUCGUCUCGUGCUACAACGGUCAUCCACACUGAAUACUGUGACUCAACACGUUUGUCGACGCCAGUUUUAGACUCGACCAUCACUCGGAAUCCUAGUGAUAUUGACCAAGCAUUAGUCAAGGAUUUCCAAGGGCUUGAUUGUUCCAGGAGUUUCUUUCGGGAUCUUGCUGAAGGCUUACGAGCUAUUGAUUCCGAUUCAGAUUCACGCUCAAAUUUGUCCUCUCCUAGUGAUGACGAUAACGUAGAAAAUCGCAGGGUCGUUAAGAAAAUAAAUAUGGCAGAGUUGAGACGUUAUCAGUGUGAAGUGUUCGGCGAUGGGACUUACGAGAGCGUCAGUCGCGGGUACGUAUUUAUUUGA